AUGCUCAAGCCCGCCCUUCCUGGCUUUGUGGAUCAUGCAAAGCCAACCGUUUCACCAAACCACCGUCCAGGGCAGGACGAAAGCUCAGAAUUCCCUCUGGCUUUAACAGCCGCGGAGGGAGUUCUUACAGCCCUUCAGGGCUGCCCUGAGGUUGGGCACGGGGACCCCCUCCCCGCUGCCCUGAGUUGCUUGUCGAGGAAGCCGGGGCCGCGGGUGCAGAGGAUCCGGGAAACGGGGUCAAAGGGACCGGUCCUGGCGCCCUUCCAGACCGACUUGGGGCUCCGGGCGACCGGAGCUGCCUGGCCGGUUUGCGGCGCGGCAGAGCCGCUCCGAGGAGGCCGCGGACUGGGCGGGGCAGGGCGGGGCGGGGCGAGCGCGGCGGGGAAAAGCGGCGCGCCUGCAGGACCCGGGCUGGCUGGCGGGCAGCGCGGCCGGAGGAUGAAGCUGGAAGUUGCCGUGAGUGCCGUGACCCUGCGGGCGUCCUCGCGGCGGCAGCGGAGCCCGGGGAAGGCUCACACGGUCUUCAGAGUGGAGAUUGUGUGUAACGGAAGGAAACAUUGCGUGGAGAAGCGCUACAGCGAGUUCUACGCACUUCAUAAAAGGAUCAAGAGGAGUUGCCAGGUUCCUGAUUUCCCACCCAAGCGUGUGCCCAACUGGAUGGUGAAGGUUCUGCAGCAACGGCGCGCAGGCUUAGAAGCGUAUCUGCAGGGUGUCAUCUUGCAGAACCAAACGCUUCCCAAGGAGCUCCUUCAUUUCUUGAAGCUCUGGCACGGAGACCAGGAGCCCCAUUUGGGAUGGGAUGAGAAUUCUUCCAUGCAAGACUCCAGGCAAGUUGUUCUUUAUUUUGGGGGGGGGGGCUGGGGGAGCACCCCAAGCUUUUGCUUUCACUGGCUGGUUCACUCCACAGUCACGUUUCUCCAGCAGCACAAAGGUGUCAUGACGCCGUAUGCCCCUUUGAGUGGCUCGGAGGACGGAAGAGGUGGGGCAAAGCAGAAGGCUCUUUGCCCCCUUCCUGCUUGUUCUAACGCAGACGUUGGCGCGCUCUUUUCUCCCAGCAGCCUCAGUGCCCAGCUCUCUCACCGGCCUGUCCUAAGCUUCCACAGCGAUCCCUACGUGCUCCCAUCCUCCACAGACCUGCUUCCAAAUAUAAUCCUGAGCGGGGUCCUGCAGGGCCUCUACACCCGAGACCAUCAUCUGCCUGGAGUCAAAGCUUUUAACGGACUUGCGGCUGCAAAAGACAACAGCAGCUACCCACUGAUUUGGACUUCGGCUCCUUUGUUUCCUGCCUAG